AUGUUAUACUAUUUCCUUAUCUUUUUAACGAUCCUCGGUCUAUCGAACGCAGAUCCCCUGGCAUAUGGAGCAUACCAAUCAGGAUGCGAUGCGUGCUACACAGCAGCUGGCUGUACGUUUGGGACUAUUACCAUGAAUGCUAAAAUGCCUGCGGCUAUUGUCGGUUGUAAUACAGCGCUAGGCACC